UCCCUGGCUGCCAGUCACAACAUGGUCAGAGGGAGGAUAGCAAAGAAGCGUCGAUAUCAGCAGACAAAAGGAAUUUCUAAUCUGCGCUCUUUUCUUUGAGCUUUAUUUGCUUUCGUCACCCUCGGCGCAGUCGGAAACAACCUUCACACAAUGACUUCCACCAAGAGCGAGGCCGGCGCGGAGGUGAAGGACGAGCCCGAGGCGCCCAAGUUCGUGCAGGCCGGCCGACGCUAUCGCUGCUUAAACUGCCACAAGACUUUCCCCAACCAGCCGCGUGCCCGGCGCCACUGCGAGGCCAAUCAUGCCGACAGGUCCCCCAGCUCACCCAAUACGAAGAAACGGGCGGCGCGGUGCGAGCGGCGGCACCAGUGUGGGCACUGCAACAAGUCGUACAAGUCGGCCUCCCUGCUGCGCAGUCACGCCCGCAGCCAUACGGGGGAGAAACCCUUCACCUGCAAGGAGUGCGGCCGUUCCUUUAUGCAGCCGAUCUGCCUGAAAGUGCAUAUGGCCACCCACAGCGGCCAGCUGCCCUUCCCCUGUGAGCACUGUGGGAAAGCCUACGCUACGCCUUCCAAGCUGCGCAUUCACCAGAGACUCCAUACUGGAGAGCGGCCCUUUUCCUGCCCAGACUGUGGCAAAGGCUUCGCCGACCCCUCUGUGUUCCGCAAGCACAUGCGUAGCCACGCCGGAUUGCGCCCGUAUCAGUGCCAGCAGUGUGACAAGUCCUACAGUGAGCUGAAGGAUCUGAAGAACCACGAGCGCAGCCACACCGGAGAGAAACCCUUCCUGUGCUCCGACUGCGGCAAGGCCUUCUCCCGCGCCUCCUCGCUCACAUGCCACCUACGCAUCCACGCCGCGGAGAAGCCUUACAAGUGCGCCACCUGUGGCAAAGACUUUACCCAGCUGUCUUCAUACCAGAGCCACCAACGCACACACUCCGGGGAGAAGCCUUACUUGUGUCCCCAGUGUGGCAGAAUGUUCUCCGACCCAUCCAGUUUCCGCCGGCACCAACGGGCCCACCAGGGAGUCAAGCCGUACCAGUGCGACAAAUGCGGGAAACCCUUCCGGCAGCCGGCGGACUUGGCGAUGCACCAGCGCAUCCACACUGGCGAGAGGCCUUUCCGCUGCCCGGACUGCGAUAAGACCUUUGUGGCGUCUUGGGAUCUGAAGCGCCACCGGCUGUCUCACAGCAGCGAGAGACCCUUCCAGUGCCAAGAAUGUGGCAAAGGUUUUGCCGAGAGAUCCGGGCUGAGUAAACACCAGCGCUCUCACAGCGGGGAGCGACCGUAUAAAUGCUCGGAGUGCGGGAAAAGCUUUGUGGUCUCCUCCAGCCUGAGGAAGCACGAGCGCACCCACCAGAAACCCGAGCACGAUGCCACCAAAAGGAGAGAAGAGACCACCACGUGCGAGAAAUGUUCCCUCAGCUUCCCCAGCAUGAUGGACCUGCGCAACCACCAGAAAACCCACCCGGAGCUGCGCCCCUUCCGCUGCGAUCAGUGCGAGAAGGGAUUUGUGGACAGGGCGGGACUGAAGAAGCACCAGCGGAUACAUAGCGACGUGCGCCCCUACGUCUGCUCCACCUGCGGGAAGGGCUUUCUGGUUCCCUCCGACCUGCGGAAGCACCAGCGGACACACAGCAAAGAGGUGAAGGAAAAGGAAGAAGAGGAGGAGGAAGAGAUAACCACCCUGACCCUCCAUCCUGCAUCUGUAGAACCGCCCCCUCUCUAUGAUCCCUUGGUGUCCUUCCUGGAGAAGGUAGCAGAGGGAAACAUGGAGGUGAUCGACCCUUCUCCCUCAAACUGAAUGGGGAACGUUCCGGCACCUCGUGUUCUUGGCUCACUUGCCUGUAAUGUAUGUAGCCAGUCUCGCUGAAACUGGCCAGAAGGGGCAAAUGAGUGUUAUGGGCAGCUGCUCCACCCACCUUAAUUUGGCUCCUCCCUGCCUAAUACUGUGUCAUGUAUCCUCACAAUGUUCCUUCUCUAUUCUGCAUCGACACCAUGUAAAUAAAUGCAAACGUGCUGCCGCAAAA